AUGCCGACCCCUUCUUGCGACCAAUGUCACCGUAAACGGCUUCAAUGCGCUGGCGGCAGGCCUACCUGUGUUCAUUGCGCCAAUACUGGACAGGUCUGCACAUACAGUACUGGAAAGCCCGUCGGCAAGCCAAAAGGUCACAGAAAAGCGAAGAGAAACGAAUCUGCAGAAUUUGAAGUGAAGGACUUGACAGGAGACUCCGGUGUCCGGCAUCAGCGUGAUAGUACAAGCGACUCGUCACCAAGCUUCUCAGACGUCAACGAGACCGGUAGCAUGUCACACAUGGGAAUGGGCCGCAGUCCCAUUGUCGGAUUAACAUCAUCUCCAUCGGCUGCAGGAUCGAUACCAGCGGACACGCCUUUUUCCUCAUUCACCGCUCCCGGCUACUCUCAUGCUGCACUUAUCCCAAAUGCACUAUCUCAGGACGUCAAUAUGGUACCUACCGACUAUACGUCCGCUCUUACGACGAUGCCGGUGCCCGUCAACAGUGUUCUGUCCCCAGACUUGACUCAACAUGAAUGGCAGUCAAUGCUCCAGCAAUCUUCUGCAGCUGUUUCCAUGCAGAUUGGCACCCAGCUUCUGCCUUCGUACUAUUCAUCGGCGUUGACUGGACCUCAGACUAGUCUACACGAAUCUUUCACAUACAACGGCAACACGGCCUUCGCCAACGGACAUUAUACGCCCUCGGGCUUUGCGAUGCCUCCGGAGCAAAGUGGAUCGUCAUCUGGCGACACAGACAGCCACGUUCUCUCACGGGUCAUCGAAUUGCUCUUCAGAUGUCAGUCCCAUGAUCCAGGCUCCUUCGACACGACUUUAGACCUAAUACAUAAUUGUAUUGAAGACGCGCGAAUCUCAUUCUAUCGAUGCUCUGCUCCAAGCGAACGAUACUCGAUGAUGUUCGUCAUGUUUUUGCAGCAGUCGAUCAGCGGAUGCCAGAAGCUGCUGCAGCUGGCAAUGAAUAUUGAUGAACGACCACAUUCUCGACUACCGCGACAGACUGUUUCCCGAGACACGGACCAAGCAGCCAGCGAGACUUCUAGGAUGGAAACGCAGACCUUGGAAGCUAGCGUCAGAGUCUCCGUCGCUCAAGCAGAAUUGGCAAGGCUUCGACAGCUGACAGAGGACUUCAAGGCCUCGGUGGUACAGAGAAGCUGCAAUGCGGGAGAUCAUGCAUAUUUGUGGUCUUUACUCGAAGCUCCUGACGAGUCGCUCACUGCGUUGCAGCAGAGAGUUCCCUGCUUGAGAUUCUGA